GAGACGAGACGCGGGUCGGGGCUGAUACACUUGUCUCUCCAAAGGCUGGGCGCCGGGCAGCGUCUUGACUGGUUGGGGCAUCUUGGGCGCAUCAACACUGCAACGAACACGGAGUCGCAGUGGGCAGGGCAAGCGAGAUGGCGGCGCGCAGCAUUUGUCUUCAAGGAACUGCCGCAGAAACAAGCAAGAGAACCAAGACCGAAGACCAAGUACCAACAGCCCGCUGGGGUGGCAUCGCGAUGGUCUUCUGUGCUUCGUAGGGCAGCCGGACGGGGUCCCGAGAGAUUGGGGGCGGUCUUGGCUGCUGCCAUCCAAUCCCAUCCCGCUGUUCUUCAGCCCAUCGACGGCCUGUCACCCGGCUUUCCUUCCCUUCAGAACACCGACCACCCAGACCACAGCACCCCUCCCCUGUCCUUCUUCUGUUGUCGGGUACUCCUCUGAUUCUUGUGUCUCUUUUGGGCGUCACUCUCUCCACCAAAGUGUUUGUUUGCUGCUAUUUGCGUGAUCCUGUUGCAAAUGUGUCUUUUGAAACCAUAAUCUCGCCUCUCCUUCCUGGCUCCUCGGCCGUGAUGGCGAUGGCGACGGCGACGGCGGACACCAUCCUAACGAGAAGCCCGAGUCUGCUGACAGCAGCUUCUGGACCUGGCGGCGGCGCCGUCGCAAGCGCACCCGCUUCCACAACGACCGCGAACAAGUGCGGAGCCGACUUUCUCUUUCCCAAGAACCUCGACUUCUUCUAUCAUCUCGACAUCCUGACCGUCUCGUACCGGUCCACCCUUGCCAAUCCCACUCUGUCGUGUUGGUGUGGAGGUCAAGACGGCAAAGCAGCCGUCCAGAAGCUCAGCACCCGCCAUGCCAGCCCGUUCAACGGCUCCGCUCGCCUUCAACUGAACUUUUCCUCCACCAACGCUCCCUGCUGGUUCGAGCUCACCUCAGAGUCUGGGGAUUGUGGAGACGUUAGCGAUAGGUUUGUGGUCUUGACGAAUCAGCGCCCAGCGACCGGCACUUCGCCGAUAGUCUCAAUAUCGACGCCCGUACCCGUACCUGCCGCGCCGAGACGGACAACUACAACGACCGGCCGGCAGAAACAUCUGCAGCUUCGAGCAGAAACAACCUCGACGGCCCCCACAACCGUCGUCUCAGAACCUUCGGAACCCCAGGCCGGGGGAGACAGUCUCAGCUCUGGAGCCAAAGCUGGUAUCGGCAUUGGCAUCAGCCUUAUCUGUGUCGCCAUUGUCGCCGUUAUCGCCAUGGUAUUCUUCAGGCGCCGUCGCCGAGGCCAGGAUGCCGAUCACCUCGGUGCCAUCAUGGAUCAUGAACGUGGCAAGGGGAGGAAACCGGAGAAGCGCAGUCCUGGCGCGCCCUCGAUAGUGUCGGCAAGGUCGGACGAAGAGGCACUGUUUCCCAUACAGCCGGUCUACGAUGGGUUUCCGGGGUCGAUGGGAUACGAAGAUGUUCGCUCGCUACAUUCUCUCACCAGCCACUCUCACUCACCAACAAACGGCCAUCACUCGCCAACAGCACCCCACCAAAACAGCUACUGGUCGCCGCCGCAGGAACGAAGCAUGGAGGCAGAUGAACUCGCCGCUGCUCGUCUGAAAUCACAACACAACACAGCCAUCCCCCCGGUCAUCUCAUACGGCCCUAACCCCGUCACCCCAACAUUACCGCGACCUACACCACGAGUGAUAGAACUAGAGAGGAGGACCUCUCCCCACAGCUCACCAGACAGCAUAGCAGCCGUCCCGGUGGUACCAAUAAUGCCGAUCGUGCCUGAUUUCCCAGAAUAUCCCGAUUACACGGGCUAUAACAUCCCGGCCCCGGCACCAGCAGCAGUCCCAUCCAGGCCAUCAUCAAUACCCGAACAACUACCACAUCCGCACCCCUCCCCACCGCGACAUACUGUGUCGCCCAACGUCGUCACAUCUUAUGGUCCCAACCGAGUAACACCAACCCCACAAGUGGUCUCCCCCACCGUUCCUCCAGACGACACCAUGAUCAACCGCCGCUACCAAGAGCAAACCUACCACGAACCCAACUACCCAGAACAGCAGCCCCCCUACCAAGUCCCCGCGAUCGCCGAGGUAUCAGAACAAAACCAUGACCGAAACGAUUACCACCACCACCACCACGAACGUCAAUUCUCCUGGGACGAAUCCCCCCUCCUCGGCGCCUCCUCACCCGUAGGCGGCCUCCCCCCUUAUGCCUCCCAGAUCGAGUUCGAAGCCAUGACCAAGGGAGCCAUCCGCAACAUGCCCGAACCCCAAGCCGGAGCGGAACUACCCCCCACAAAGGACGGGUACUACCCCGAAUUCCACCCCAUGACGCAGGUUGAGCUCCCGGGCGAGGCACCCCAGCUGCCGUUCCAGGUCUACAGCGUGCAGCAGCAGGACUCUUCAUCUGGGAGGAGGGGAGCGGGGGCGGGAGCGGGGGCGGGGGCGGGGGCGGGGAUGGUGGUGGCGGAGCAGAAGGUGCUGAUUUCGGCGGAUUUGUUUUCGGAUGCGGACAUGAGGUUGUUUAUGGAGCAGAAGGCGAAGGCGAGGGAGAAGAGGAGGAGGGAGAUGGAGAUGGAAAAGGGGGAGGGGACAGCAGAAGGUAGGUAA